AUGGCUUACCGGAUCCUUGUAUGGAACUGCAAUGGGAUUGCUAAUUCGGUUACACGUCGGAAUCUGUUGGAUGUGGUUCGUAAGGAGCGGCCACGACUUAUUUUCUUGGCAGAGACGUUGUGUGAUAAGAAGCAAAUUGACACUUUGAAGAUUAAGAUAGGGUUUGAUCAUGCCCUUGUUAAAGAGAAAGGACAGUUUAGUCAAGGACUUGCGUUGUUAUGGAUGAAUGAAGUCCCAGUCCAUAUUCAUCAUUAUUCUGCACGACAUAUUGAUGCAUGGAUUGGAGCACCAGGAGAUCCGGACCGAUGGCGGUUCACUGGUAUCUAUGGAUACGCAUCUACAGCUCGCCGGAAUAUCACGUGGAAUCUCAUGAGACAUUUGCAUUCGGAAUCUGACCUUCCAUGGAUAAUUGUGGGCGAUUUUAAUGAACUUCUAUGCUCAAGGGAGAAGACUGGGGGGGCAUCCCGUAGGGUUUCACAGAUGAAUGAAUUUCGUGCAGCUGUUGCCGAUUGCUCUCUCAGAGAUAUGGGUUUCCGGGGUAGUCCUUUUACCUGGUGGGAUCACCAGACUAAGGAGCUCUUAGAUAGGAGCCUCUGGUCAGCUUCAUUGCAAGCUUUGUUUCCCUAUUCUCGUACCAUUCAUCUUCCACCAGGGGACUCAGAUCAUAUUCCACUUUUGGUGGAGUUAGGCAGAACACCGUUCUUGCAAAGGCAACAGGUGAAAAGAGGCUUCAGGUUUGAAGAGUUUUGGGCCAGACAUGGGGAUUGUGAUGCUAUUGUUACAAAAGGUUGGGCAACUCCGGUUACUGAUGAUCCCAUGAAACAGGUGUGUCUGAAGAUUAGUUCUCAGAUAUACAAGGAUGAAGACUGUUAA